AUGAGGAUCCAGGUCACCAUGGAUGUGGAGGUGGUGGCCAGCCAUGGAUUCUCCAUCUUCCUUGAUCCUAAGAGGAUCAAACUAGAGCUGCUGCCUCCAUAUGGUAUGGAUGGCAUGAUUCUCGACAUGAUGGAAGAUGACGAACCACCGGCAUGUGCUCUAACUCCUACUGCUAGUAGUGCACCAACCAUGGUCCAUGAGAAGGUGAACAUUGUAUCUGGGGGCAAAUCUUCAGAGCCACCACUCAAGAACAAUGAAGAACAGGACACACCGAUGGACGUCGAGGCAGAAGCCCAGCAACACCAGCCAUGCCGGAAUGCUCCUUUCUUUUCGGGUUUCUUCUGACUUCCCGAGUGGCACUCUACUGAAUAUUGUGGUGUAAGCGUGUGGCCAGCAUAUAGAUUGAACAUGUCCGUUUCAUGCACUGUAUUGCUAAUAUUUAGUACCAUCUGGACUAGUAAAUGUUGUUAAUGUAUCCUUUUUGAACUCUUAAAUGUUACUCACUCCGUCCCAUAAUGUAAGACGUU